AUGGCUGCUACUAGAGGUCUCAGCGAUAUUCCGACCCUCGCCUCUCUCUAUCGCGACCCUGACUCUGCCCUAUCCGAGGCUCAUCUCUCAUCGAGAAGCGACCCUGACUAUCCUGCAUCUGAUUCCAUCAACAAGCGCAUCGGUUUGAUUCGCGGUGAUAUUACCAAGCUUCGCCUUGAUGCUAUCGUCAACGCCGCGAACAGAUCUCUACUAGGUGGAGGGGGCGUUGAUGGAGCCAUUCAUAGGGCCGCUGGCAGUGAUCUGGUUAAGGAGUGCAAGACCCUCGGCCCCAUUAACACUGGCGAGGCCGUCAUCACAAAGGGCUACAAUCUCCCCUCCAAGCAUGUCAUCCACACCGUUGGACCUGUGUACGCUGCAGACACGAACCCUAAUGAAAGUCUCGCCAAUUGCUACCGCGAAAGUUUGAAGCUUGCCGUCAAGAACGGCGUGACCACGAUCGGUUUCAGCGCCAUCAGCACCGGCGUUUACGGGUUUCCCAAUCUUCCUGCCGCUAAGAUCGCCUGCAGGACUGUGAGAGAGUUCCUUGAGAGUGACGAGGGAAGCAAGCUCACCCGGGUGGUAUUUGUCACUUUUGUUGCUCCUGAUGUGAAUGCGUACAACGAGACGAUUCCGUAA